UUAAUUUAUAAAGCUAUAGAAAUACAAACAUAGUAUAUGCGGAAGGAACAAUUGUGUAAAGAACACAUUACCUAUUCACUGCACGCAUAACUAAUUUGAUGAGUGUUUUAAACGCUUCAAUUGCAAAAUCGUGUUAGAUUAACCUGUAUUUCUGGUGGUAAACAUCUACUGUCAAACCGAGUAGUUUCUGAGCUGAAUCACACCUAAGACGAGGGAACCCUUUUUUAAGAACACUAAAGUGUAACUGGACAUUGUGGAAGAAUGGCAUUGACAACUCGUUUGUUGAUUACACUUUUUAUCAUAAGAGCAAUUGGUACUGUGGAAGAUUUGGAAUCCUGUCCUGCUAUUUGCGAAUGCUCUGAAUGGAAGACGUUUAAAAUUACUUGCUCGGAUAUUAAUGUGAUACCCACGUUUCCUUCAAACACCAGGACUUUGCAGUUGAUGGAGACACAGCUGACAACAAUCCCCAGUGAAGCAUUUUCAACCCUCCCAAACAUUUCCAGAGUGUAUAUUUCUAUAGAUGAAACUCUGCAGAGGCUGGAAAAACAUGCAUUUUACAGUUUAACCGAAGUAACACACAUAGAGAUACGAAAUGCAAGGAGCUUGACAUAUAUUCACCCUGAUGCUUUCAAGAAUCUACCAGUUUUAAAAUACCUCGGGAUUUUUAACACUGGCCUUGAUGUGUUUCCUGACCUUACAAAGAUUAAUUCUUCUGAUGUGAACUUUUUACUUGAAAUUGCUGAUAACCCCUACAUUACAUCAGUUCCUGGCAAUGCUUUCCAUGGCAUGUCCAAUGAGUCACUAACACUAAAACUUUAUAAUAAUGGAUUUACUGAAGUCCAAGGGUAUGCCUUCAAUGGAACAAAGCUGGAUGCUGUGUAUCUUCAUAAAAACAGGUACCUGACUGCCAUUGAUCAGGAGGUAUUUGCAGGAGUGCACAGGGGACCAACACUGCUCGAUGUGUCUCAGACCAGCGUGAACUCUCUGCCAACAAAAGGCCUGGAAUCCAUCAAGGAGCUCAUGGCAAAGAAUACAUGGACUCUCAAGACACUCCCACCAAUAAAAACUUUCUUUUACCUAAUGAGAGCUGAUCUGACCUACCCCAGCCAUUGCUGUGCAUUUAAGAACUGGAAGAAAAACAAAGGAUUCCUUGAGUUGUUCAUGUGCAACCAAACUAAUAUCAAUGGGCUGCGUCGGAAGAGAUCAGUAAAUGCGUUUAACAGCAAAGGUGACUCAGAUUAUAGUGAUGCUAUAUACAAUGAAAACUCCAAGCUCCAAGAUUUCCAUAGCAACUCCUACCACUAUGUAUUUUUUGAGGAGUUAGCUGACGAAAAUGUUGGGUUUGGACAAAAGCUAAAGAAUCCCCAAGAAGACUACAUCCAGGAAUUUGACAGUGACUAUGAUCGCACUGUCUGUGGGGGUAGCGAGGAAAUGAUCUGUACCCCAAAGCCAGAUGCGUUCAACCCCUGUGAAGACAUCAUGGGCUACAACUUCUUGAGAAUUGUGGUGUGGUUUGUGAACCUCCUAGCCAUUCUGGGAAACGCUUUUGUCUUGCUGAUUUUGCUUAGCAGCCAUUAUAAACUAACUGUCCCCCGGUUUCUAAUGUGCAACCUUGCCUUUGCCGACUUAUGCAUGGGGAUUUAUUUACUGCUGAUAGCAUCAGUGGACCUCCAUACCAGAUCAGAAUACUACAAUCAUGCGAUUGACUGGCAGACAGGACCAGGAUGCAAUGUUGCUGGCUUUUUCACCAUUUUUGCCAGUGAGCUUUCAGUCUACACGUUGGUGGUCAUCACACUGGAGCGCUGGUACACCAUUACCUUCGCCAUGAGAUUGGAUCGAAAAAUCCAUCUUCGCCACGCUUCUGCCAUUAUGCUUUGCGGAUGGAUUUUCUGUUUCCUUUUGGCUAUUCUGCCCCUUGUUGGAGUCAGCAGCUACAUUAAGGUUAGCAUAUGCUUGCCCAUGGAUACUGACACACCUCUUGCUCAAGCUUACAUCAUUUCUGUCUUGAUGAUAAACAUCGUUGCAUUCAUUGCUAUCUGUGCCUGCUACAUCAAAAUUUAUAUGACUGUUCGGAACCCACAAUACAAGCCUGGGAGCAAAGAUACAAAGACAGCCAAGAGGAUGGCCAUUCUGAUCUUUACCGAUUUCAUCUGCAAGGCUCCAAUUUCUUUCUAUGCCAUAUCUGCGAUAAUGAACAAACCUUUGAUAACAGUUAGCAACUCAAAGAUCUUGUUAGUCCUCUUGUACCCUCUUAACUCCUGUGCCAACCCUUUUCUCUAUGCUAUUUUCACCAAGGCUUUCCGAAGGGAUGUCUUUAUUUUGCUAAGCAAGUUUGGCUUCUGUCAGCACCAAGCACAGAUCUACAGAGGGCAGACAGUCUCAGCCAAAAACAGCAGUGCCUGCUCCGGCCAGCGUGGAGGUCGUAAAAUGGGGCAGGCAUUGACAAAAACUAUUCAAAGCAUGAACACCAUGGGGAAUACCGUUCAGCACUGACACCACACCACGUAAGUAUGGAAGAUUGCAGACAGAGUGAAUUGUAACUCUUUGAUUGAAAAGUAGCAGCUUUGGUACUAUAGAUGCUAGAAAUAUGAUCUUAUGGUGAUUGUCCAGUAAAGUGUUCUGUUAAUAGUGUCAAGGUUAGCCCAGUGCAUUGUUCAUGGUUCUAAAGUGCAAGUAAUUUCUUUGGAUUCUGCUAUAUAUCAGUUCUAUAGAGGACUAAUAUAAAAUGUUGUUGUAAAUCUUGUUAUAAUGUGUGAAAAUAUGUUGAUUAAGUCGUGUACAUCUUUGAGUGUUUAACUGCACAGCACAUAGUUUCUGCUACCAGGGUUAAGGGUUGUUACAAGCUUAUGAAUUUAU